AUGGCUCAAUGGUGGUAUAACUAUAGCUACCAUACAAGCCUGAAACUUUCCCCUUUUGAAGCCCUGUUUGGAUAUGCACCUCCUCAGUUUGGGAUCUCCACCUCAAAACAAGGAGUCAAUGCUGAUGUUGAUAACUAUCUUGAACCGAGGAAAGUUAUGAAGUCACUGAUGAAAGAAUCUCUAGAGAUGGCUCAACAGUCCUCAAUUCAGGUAAGGAGAAAUUUAAAACUUUCUGUUAAGUUUUUUGGUCCUUAUCAAGUAGAAGAAAAAGUGGGGAAGGUGGCAUACAGACUGAAGUUACCAGAAGGAUCAAAGAUACACCCAACAUUCCAUGUAUCUCAGAUCAAGCCUAAGCUAAGAGUGGGAGUCAUGCCACAAACCAAUCUGCCAGCCACAACUAGAGAAGGAGAGCUCAAGAUGAAGCCAAUACAGGUGCUGGACACUAGGAAGAUUAAGAAGAACUCUCAGAUUUUCCCUCAACUACUUAUCCAGUGGGAGGGUUCUGCUGUUGAAGAAGCCACUUGGGAGGACAAGCACUACAUUAAACUACAAUUUCCCAAACUGAUUCUUGAGGACAAGAAUCUUCAGAAGGAGAGGGAAUUGUCAUAA